AUGGGUCUGGUCGACUAUGAAUGCAUUGAUGGAGUUGCACCUUCUUUGUCCCAAAAGGAAACAGGAAGAAUGAAAGAAAGGUCUAAAUACGAGCUGAGCUCAUCUAAUGGAUUGGUUCUACGGCAUACCCAGGGGUCUGCGGUUACAUACCAUGAGAAUGUUACGUUUAUGGAAGGCCAGCCAAAAUAUGGAGACGAUUUUGUUGCGUGGAGCCUCUGGGAGAUCAAGCUCCAUCGCAAGGCAGACUGA